AUAUAUACAGCAAACCGUCAACGCUCAAACCAAAUUGAUUGCAGUUUUAUUGUUUUGUGGUUAUGCUCGCAGGACGCGGACCGAAUAUCAAAUAAAAACAUAAACAAUCGAAUAUUAUCAAUUAAAAUGGCCAGUGAAUUCACGGAAAAGAUUGACGUGCCUGCAAAUGGAAAUAAUACCGUUGCCAACCAGGAUGAGCCCCAUUUACAGGAGUCGGCACCGCCAGAAAAAGGCGAUAGUGAAAAUUCCGAGUCAUCUCUGGAACGAGAAAAGCUGCCGGAAAAUGGCGACACCACUGCAUCAAGGACAACAACAUCCAACACAUGCUAUUGUGGCAAGGAGAGAAACUUAAAUAUAGCAGAACUACUUUGUGCCAACUGCAAUAAAUGGUUUCAUGAGUCAUGCAUUGGCUAUCAACUUGGCAAACUUGUGCCAUUCCUCUCAAAUUAUAUCUUCCAGUGUAAAAACUGUUCGAGGACAGGUUUAGAAAGCUUUAAAAAGAGUCAAGCUCAAAUAGCACAAAUGUGUAUAACCGCCAUCGCGAAUCUGCAGCAAACAAGUGCCAAAGAAGGCGGCAAUCAAACAAUGUUUAACAAAGACAAAGAAAUCAUACCAUACAUUGAAAAUCACUGGGAAGCACUAACGACGACAUCUCGCCGUGUGACACAAUCCUGGCAUUCAACAGUUCUCAGGGCAUUGCAAAAAGACAUUCAAUUAUUAUUCACAACCGAAGAGGGCAGCGACGGGCAGAAUUUCGGUCUAGUAUGCACGGAUCUCACCCAAAUCAAACCCAACUAUGAAGCGAUGAUCAAAGGUGGCACGCUGCGCAUCACCGAAACCGGCAUUCAGCACGCUGUCGCCGGCGGCGUUAAGAAUCGCAAUACAAAGCGGAAAUUUCCCGGCGAUGUGAACGUGAUGGGCAAGAAGGGUCGCAACGCUGAUUUGAGUGCUGUGAAACUACCGGCGCACGGAUAUCCGCUUGAUCAUCCGUUUAACAAGGAUGGGUAUCGGUAUUUAUUAGCAGAGCCUGAUCCACAUGCACCUUAUCGACAGGAGUUUGAUGAAAGUGCAGAUUGGGCUGGUAAACCUAUCCCUGGAUGGUUAUAUCGUACUCUGGUGCCUUCCACGGUGCUUUUGGCAUUAAACGACCGCGCCCCGCAGUUGAAAAUCUCUGAAGAUCGUUUAUCAGCUACAGGAGAAAAAGGAUAUUGUUCUGUUCGUGCUACACAUUGUGUUUCUAAAGGUUGUUGGUAUUGGGAGGCGACCAUUGAGGAAAUGCCCGAAGGUUCAGCGACGCGUAUCGGCUGGGGGCAAGAUUAUGCUAAUCUGCAGGCUCCUCUAGGCUACGACAAGUUCGGCUACUCGUGGCGAUCGCGUAAAGGAACUGUUUUUCACGAACAGCGCGGUAAACACUUCAGCGAUGGGUACGGAGAGGGUGAUACUUUGGGCUUUAUGAUUAUUUUACCGGAAGUUGCAACUACACGUCGAAUUCCACAAGCUUACAAAGACAAACCAUUAGUAAAAUUCCGCUCUCAUCUUUACUAUGAAGAAAAAGACAACGUUAGUGAAUGUUUGAAGAAGCUAACACCGUUACCAGGCAGUAAAAUAAUGUGUUUCAAGAACGGCGUGCUCCAGGGCGUCGCGUUCAGUGAUAUUUACGGCGGUGUUUAUUAUCCUACUGUGUCCCUGCACAAGAACGCGACGGUUUCGUUGAAUUUCGGGCCGAAUUUUAAAUUUGCGCCUUCUGCAGAUGAAUAUACCUAUCAAGGUAUGAAUGCUAAAGCCGUGGAAGCAAUCUGUGAGCAAACCCUGGCUGAUUUGAUGUAUUUGACGGAGAAUGAGGGUCGUUUGAGAUUGGAUACUGUUGUUAUGUGACAAUAGUGGACCCAUUUCAGUUGGUUUUACUUUUAAGUUCAGGAAAUGCCUGAUAUUUCCUCCAGAAAUUAAUUGGUAGAUAAAUAAUUGAAUAAUUUUAAACAUACUAGUUAGAUAGGUCAUGAAUAUGUGAAUUUUUAAAUUUAUUAAAUAUUGUCUGUUUACAUGUAAACUAAAUUAAAAAUAUCGUCCGGAAUUUA